CCUAUAUCCGGUGAGGACGAAAUGAUGGCGACCGAAAAGGCAAGACCUCGAGGUUGGCCUUGUUAUAAUAAUAAAUGACCAUGGAAAAGGUGCAAUGAUAACGGAUACUAGCUAUAUGUGCAAGUAGUAGAUAUAGACUGAUUGUUUUACAAUUAAUACAAAGAUGGAUGGUAUGCCUAUAGACGUUAUACCCUUACCAGAAGAACCUUCGGAUAAAUCCAAACAAAUCAAAACAAAACUACAAGAGGAGAUUGAUAUUAAUAAUGGAGAGAUAACUAGAUCAGACAAACAAUCUAGUAGUAAUGGGAAAGAUGUAAAUACGUUUCAUCCUUCUCAAUCCAUUGUAGAUGAAUUAUUUAAAGAUUUUUUAGCGCAAAAGAAUGCGCAAAUAAAAACUACAUCUGUCGUCGCUGCACCAAAUAAAUCCUUUGAGCAUGCUUCAAUAGAUGAAAUAAAUGCUCUCUUAGAUCACGAAAUCAACCUUAUAAAGACACAAAAGUCAGAUGACAGCAAGGAUGACAGUCAUCGAAAGAAAAAGCAUAAAAAGAAAAGAAAGUCAGAAACUUCUGAUGAAGUUAGAGAAAGUCGACAUAGUAAACAUAAAAAGAAAAAACGUGAACACCGAGAAGAUAAAGAUAAUACUAGGUAUCAAUCAAACGAUGAUGAUACUACCCAUUUGUCGAGUGUAAAAGAUGACGGCAGUCGUGUGUCAAUUGAUUCUGAUAAUAACAAAAACAAUGAUCUUAGUGAUCCGUCGAUAUCAGUGCGGUCAAAAUUAAGUGAAAUCAAAAAGUCAAAGACUGGACUGGAGUUAUUGAGUCAGUAUUCAGAAGUCAAUGAAGAAAAAUCUGAUACAGCGGGCAGUAUCAGUAAAACUGUUGAAAUUAUAAAUUUAACAGGUAAAAACACAAACAAUACAACAAAUACGGAUGUUUCAGAUGAUAACAAACAAAGUUCUGUGUCUAUUGAAUCUUCUGUGUUUGAAAAGCCAGUGAGGAAAACUAAGGAUCUUCUUGAAGGAGAUAAAGAUGAACUUCUGUCUGCUCCAGUUUUUAAAUCUAAACCAGCUAUUAACAAGUCGGGAAAUAUAAGCCUAAAAAUAACUAAUAAUAGUGCACAGUUUAUAGCAUCGGGUGAAGUUUAUGAUAAAAAAGGAAAAAGGAGAGAAGAAGGUGAAGUGAUAUCUUCAGGUAGUGAUGAUAAUUCUAAUAGUAAUAAUGACGAUGAUGAGGAUGAUGAUGAUGAAGAAGAGGGAAGCAAAAUGUCCGAAACCGGUUCCUUGCCAGAAACAGAUGAUGAAAAGAAUGGUUCAAAGAAAAAGAAGAAGAAACACAAGCAUAAACACAAGAAAAAGAAAAAACAUAAAAAUAAAGACAAGGACAAAGACAAAGAAAAGGAUAAAUCAGAGAAAAAGAAGAACAAAAGAUCAAGAUCAAGAUCAAAAGAAGGUUCGAGAGAAAGAUCAGAAAGUUAUAAAACAAGAAAACGAGAUAGAUCUAGAUCUAGAUCACACAGUAGAUCAACUAGUAAAACAAGACAUCCAAGUAAUGAAGUCCGUGAUAGAGGAUGGGAUGCUCGAUCUUACUUGGAUGAUGUUAAAGGAGAGAGAAGUACUUACAGAAAAACUGAUAGAUAUAAACGUAGUUCUAAAUACAGUCGGUCAAGGUCAAGAACCAGAUCAAGGUCCCGAUCACAUUCACGUUCUAAGACUAGAAGAAGACGAAGAUCAAGAUCUAGAUCCAGAUCCAGGUCCAGGUCAAGGUCCAGGUCUCAAUCUAGAUCCAGAAGAAAGGAAACUUCCAGUGAUCUUCGACUCCAGAUUGAUAAGAAAAAAUUAAGAAAGAUUGCUAUUGCCAAUGCUUUAGCUAAUCUGAAAGGUGGUAAUGUUAAUUCAGCAGAUAUAGCAAGUCUUAAAUCUGGAGGAAAAUCAGUAGAAGAGUUGACAGACUUCUGUAAAGGAUUAGUUGGAAAAGAUCAUCUUUUUAGCAGCAGUGAUAGCGAGUCCAAUGUCAGCCAUUCAGAUAAUGAACAAGAUCAGCCAUUUAUACAUCAUCCAUUUAAAGUUAAAGAGUCAGCACCUAUUAUAAUGAAUAUAAGGAACAUGAAGCAAAUACCGAUUAUGACUCAGUCUGAAAAAACUGUUACCGUGUUGCGCUCUCAGUUCCCUGUUUCUAGUGGAAACCAACAUCGUUUAAAAGAAUUAGAAUGGGUGCCAGUUGAAAAAUCUACGACUUCUACUGUAGCAACAUUAGAUGCAGGAAUUGUUAAAACACCUAGUGCUGCAGCAACCACCACAACUUCUGAUCCUCCUGCUACUGCUACUGCUACAACCUUAUCAUUCCUGCCAGCUACUGAAACUUCUACACAGCCAGAACCGGUUGUUGCUGAUCCAGUUUUUCCUCAACCUGUUGCUUUGCCUAUAGAUAUUGGAGCUAUUGUAUCAGAAAGAUUACAAGCAGUUAGAAAACUUCAAGAAAACCCUUAUGAUGUUCAAGCUCUCAGUAAAAUGCACCAUUCUCAAGAAAAGGCUAGUCGUUGGGCACAAUCACAAUACCAACCCGGUCAAUUUACUGGUAGUACUGGUGUUCAAAUUCUUACAAAACAAGAACUUGAAGGAUCAAAUAAAAAGAAUCAAGCAUGGCUUAAAAAGGAUCAGUUUAAACGAGCUGAACCAGUUAAAAGUGGAAUUGGAAUGUUUUUACUGCAAAAAAUGGGAUGGAAAGCAGGAGAAGGAUUGGGUAAAAAUAAUGAAGGAUCCCUGGAACCAUUAUUAUUGGAUCUUAAAGUGGAUAGGAAAGGUUUACAAACACAAAGUGAAGUGAAACCUUAUCAGCGAGGCUUUGGUAAAAUGAAUCGAGGUAAUCGUGGAGGAGGUGGGCAUAGUGCUCCUACAACUGGUGGUAGUGCUGGUGGUGGUGGUCAAACACUACCUAAAGAUCUUUCAGGCAAACAUCCGGUGUCUGCUCUAUUAGAACUGUGUAACAGACGUAAAUAUGGAGCUCCGUAUUUUGAAAUGAUUCACGAGAGUGGACCUGAUCACAAGAAAAACUUCUUGUUUAAGGUGUUGGUAAACCGUGUAGAAUAUCAACCAUCAAUAGCUAGUAACAAUAAGAAGACAGCUAAAGCUCAAGCUGCUACUGUUUGUUUACAAGAACUAGGAAUGUUACCACGUCAAGGUCCUAUAUAGUCCAACACUGUCAACAUUCUUUACAUAGAUAAUAAAAUAGUCGAUUUUUACAGAAAAAA